AUGGAGAUUUACUGUUCAUAUGGAGUCGGAAUUCCCACUGAAAGAUCGUACGUGUACAAACAAUCACCCUCAGGCUGUCAGGCUCCAGACAUGGAGAUUUACUGUUCAUAUGGAGUCGGAAUUCCCACUGAAAGAUCCUCUGCAGACGGAAGUGACAAUGGCUGCUUAAAGGGUGGCGUAUUCUUUGUGGGCGGUGAUGAGAGCGUCCCAGUCUUGAGCGCCGGUUUCAUGUGUACCAAAGGUUGGAGAGGCAAAACACAGUUUAAUCCUUCCGGAAUUUCUACAUACAUAAGAGAGUACAAGCACAAAUCACCUGCAAAUUUGCUCGAGGGGAGGGGUUCAGAGAGUGGUGCACAUGUUGAUAUAUUGGGAAAUGUUGCCUUGAUCGAAGACGUGCUGCGAGUAGCUGCUGGAACCUCGGGUUCAGAGUUGGGACGAGAUAGAAUAUAUUCAGAUAUCAUGAAAAUGUCCAAGAAAAUAAAUAUUCCACUUCGACUGAAGAUCAAGAGAUUUUGUUUGAGAGUUUAA